GAAAUGAACGUUUCAAUCCAAAGUAAAAAGAGCAGUGGGCAAUAUACGAAGGUGAAGAGGGUUGAGCAGAGGUUGGAACUUGGGAGAGUGGUGUUUGAUUCAAAUUCCGACGGAGGAGUGAGGAAUCACAACCUCCACCGGCCAACGCUGUAACUGUCGGCGACGCUCCACACUCGCACAACGCCGAUAGUGAUGGAGAGUGCUUUUGCAAGCGCUUCUGCGAUUACUGACCAGAGACAAAAGAUAGAGCAGUAUAAGCACAUCCUCUCUGCUGUCAUUUCAUCUAAUGACAUUGUUCAAGCUAGGAAAUUCAUAGAUCACAUGUUAUCAGACGAUGUUCCAUUAGUAGUGUCACGGCAACUUUUGCAGACCUUUGCUCAAGAGUUGGGAAGAUUGGAGCCUGAGACACAGAAAGAAAUUGCUCAUUACACCCUUGCCCAGAUUCAGCCCCGAGUCGUGUCAUUCGAAGAGCAGGUUUUAAUUAUUAGAGAGAAACUUGCCGAGCUUUAUGAAUCUGAGAAGCAAUGGUCAAAAGCAGCUCAGAUGCUCAGCGGUAUUGACCUAGAUUCAGGAAUGAGGGUGAUUGACGAUGCAUUCAGGUUGUCAAAGUGUGUCCAAAUUACUUGUUUAUACCUUGAGGAUGAUGAUGCUGUUAAUGCUGAAGCUUUUAUUAAUAAAGCAUCAUUCUUGGUUAGCAAUAGUCAGCAUGAAGUACUGAAUUUGAAGUACAAGGUUUGCUAUGCAAGGAUCUUAGAUUUGAAAAGGAAGUUUUUGGAAGCAGCCCUACGAUAUUAUGAUAUAUCUCAAAUUGAGAAAAGGAAAAUAGGAGACGAGGAGAUUAAUGAGGAAGCACUUGAGCAAGCUUUAUCUGCUGCUGUUACAUGCACGAUAUUGGCAGCUGCAGGACCUCAACGUUCCCGUGUUCUUGCCACUCUGUACAAGGAUGAGCGGUGUUCAAAGUUGAAGAUCUAUCCAAUAUUGCAAAAGGUAUAUUUGGAGAGAAUUCUCAGAAAGCCAGAAAUUGAUGCUUUUGCAGAAGAAUUGAAACCACACCAGAAAGCACUUCUUCCAGACAAUUUCACUGUGCUUGACCGUGCUAUGAUUGAGCAUAAUCUUCUGAGUGCAAGCAAGCUUUAUACUAAUAUCAGCUUUGAUGAGUUAGGAACACUGUUGGGGAUCCCACCACACAAGGCUGAGAAGAUAGCAUCAAGAAUGAUUUAUGAGGAUAGGAUGAGGGGCUCUAUUGAUCAGGUUGAAGCCGUAAUACAUUUUGACGAUGACACUGAAGAGUUGCAACGAUGGGACCAGCAGAUUAUGGGCCUGUGUCAAGCUCUCAACGAUGUUUUGGAUAGCAUGGCCAAGAAGGGUUUUCCAGUUCCUGUUUAACCUGGUGGAUGCUUCAUAAUUUCUUUGUUAAUACAUUCUUAGUAAAGCAUCCUUUUUUUGUUUGAUUUUUUGUGAACUUCACUAUACAUACAAUAACAUUAAUUACCUCACAUAUUAGAUUCCAAAUUCGGUUUAUCCAAGGGCCUGUUUGGUUACUGCUUCUGACUUAAUGAGUUUCUGAAGUUUAUCUCGGCUGUGCUUUCGACAGUAUUCAAUUCUGCUUGCCCG